AUGCUUCAGUCUCAGAAGGUAUUAUUUUCAUUUGUCCUUUCUUCUUCGCUUUCAUUCUUUUUAAAUUUCAUUGUUUUUCUCUUUCAUUCUUUAUCUAUUUCAUUCCUUUUCUCUUUCAUUCUUUUUCUCAUUUCAUUCUUUUCCCUUUCAUUCUUUUUCCUUUUUCUCAUUUCAUUCUUUUUCUCUUUCAUUCUUUUUCCAUUUCAUUCUUGUUCUCUUUUAUUCUUUUCUCAUGUCAUUCUUUUUCUCUUUCAUUCUUUUCCUUUUUCAUUCUUUUCCAUUUCUUUUUCUUUUUCAUUUUUUUCAUUCUUUUUCUCUUUCAUUCUUUUCCACAUUUCAUUCUUUUUCUCUUUAUUCUCUUUCAUUCUUUUUCUCAUUUCAUUCUUUUUCUUUUUCAUUCUUUUCCAUUUCAUUCUUUUUCUCUUUUUUCUUUUUCAUUCUUUUUCUCAUUUCAAUCUUUUCUCUUUGAUUUCAUUAGACAGUGAUUCUUUAUCUUUUUCUCCCUCUUUCAAUUUCUCUUUUAUUAUUUCAAAAUCUUCUUUCUUUUUUCUUUAUCCCCUUUCCUUUAUUCUUUUGUCUUUCCUUCUCCCUCUUUCUUUGCUUAUACCUUUGUUUUUUCUUUCUGCUAUUUUUUUAUUUCUGUCUUUCUUUCUUUUAUUUAUUCCUUUGUCAUUCAUUCAUUCAUUCUUUUCUCAGUCCUUUGUCUCUCCUUUUCUUUUCUCUUUCUUUCUCUUUCCUCUCUUAUUCUUCCUAAUCUUUCUUUCUCUAUUUUCUGUGAUUUUCUUUCUUUCUUUCUUUCUUUCUUUCUUUCUUUCUUUCUUUCUUUCUUUCUUUCUUAAUCCUAAUCUCUCUUUCUCUAUUUUCUGUGAUUUUUCUUUUUUCUUUCUUUUCUUUUUUCUUUCUUUCUUUCUUUCUUUCUUUCUUUCUUUCUGUUCUAAUCUCUUUAUCUUUCUCUCUUUACUUGUUCCUCUUUAUCUAUCUAUCUAUCUAUCUAUCUAUCUAUCUAUCUAUCUAUCUAUCUAUCUAUCUAUCUCCCUUUGCCUGCAUCUUUUCUUCUUCUUUCUUCCUUCCUUUUUUCUUUCUUUCUUUCUUCCUUUUUCUUUCUUUCUUAUUUUCUUUCUUUCUUUUUCUUUCUUUCUUAUUUUCUUUCUUUCUUUCUUUCUUUUUCUUUCUUUCUUAUUUUCUUUCUUCCUUCCUUUUUCUUUCUUUCUUUCUUUCUUUUUCUCUCUUUAUUAUUUUCUUUCUUUCUUCCUUCCUUUCUUUCUCAUUUUCUUUCUUUCUUCCUUUUUUCUUUCUUCCUUUUUUCUUUCUUUCUUAUUUUCUUUCUUCCUUUUUCUUUCUUUCUUUCUUUCUUUCUUUCUUUCUUUCUUUUCUGUGAAGAAAGUUCUGUUCCUGGUGACCAAACUCUCUUCUUUCUUCACUUAUUUUCCUCCCAUCUGCCGGGAAAUAACGCUUUUCUUUUUACGGCUGCUAGAAGGUGGAUAUUUACUUAAACACGUGGUAAAAUACUUUUUGAAAACGCACGUGUUUGUUUCUUCUUCUCAAAUGGCUCCAAACUCCACUUAUGGACUUCUUUUCAAACUUUAUUUUCUGGGGCUUCUUCGAGAGGACUUCUCAAAACUUUCUCUGAAGGGGAAACUUGGCCUCAGCAACUUUGAUAACCAUGCAUCCUUUACUUAUGGGCAAAUGCUGCCUGCCUUUUUAGCAAGGAGAGAGAAAAUGAACCUCUUCUUUCUAAGCUGUCUAACUGCUGCUAAGGUCCGGUCCCAGUUCUCCCUUCCCUUUCAAAGGGGGCAAUUCAUCUUUUAA